CUGCCGACGGCCUCCGCACGCUCAUGCAGCCCCUGGCACUCCCAAAGCCUUGGCCAACGCCUGUCUUUGAGAAAGUCUUAGAUGAACAAGGAAUGAUCCUACUACGAACAACCAACAAUUCACGCCGUCAAGGCACGCAUCACAGGAAUGGAACACCUUGCGCCAUUGGGGACGGCAAUCCAGGAUAUUGUUCUGCCAACACACAAGAUAUACGCGCCAUUGCUGCUCAAACAAGCCGAUAAAAUCCGAUCAACGCGUCGAGAGACGUUUGCGUAUGGCCAACAUCCACGGCAGAAACUUGAUGUGUACACACCCUCAGCUGGUGUGAAAUCGGUGACGGGCAAGUCUUCGGUCUUCAUCUUCUUGUACGGAGGAGGUCUCGUCAGAGGCGAGAAAAUCAACACGAACUACCUUGAUGGCCUCGUUUAUGCCAAUCUUGGCCACUACUUCGCGGAGAACUUGGGAUUCGAGGUCGUGAUCAUUGACUAUCGACUCAUAACGCAUGGAGCUAAAUUUCCUUCCGGCGGCGAAGACCUGAAAUUGGCCAUUGACUGGGUUCUCGGUCACUUCCCCAAACCGUUGGACAUUUAUACGAUGGGCAACUCGGCCGGCGGUGUACACCUGUCUACAUACCUAUUCGCACCUGACUUUGCAACAAGCAGACGGCAAAUAUUAUCAGCGAGUUCUGCAGGAGUACUGAAAGGUGUCAUCCUCCUCUCGGUUCCAUUUCAUUUUGAACAGGCCCAUGCCGAUCGGAGCGAGACACUACGGGCGUAUUUUGGUGACAACGUGCGCGUAAGGUGCCCAUUGGGGCUACUGGAGGCCUCCAAGCAAAAUCGAUCCAUUAGUGAGUUGCAGCAGGUGCCAGUCAUGGUCUCGAAUGGAACCUUGGAUCCCGAGGACGAGAUAUUGGUCCCAAGAGGCGAUUUCAUCAAAGAGUGGAAAGCGAGUGGCGCCGUGACGCCAAAAUUGACAGUUCAGAUGAUGGAAGGCCACAAUCACCUCAGUCCGGUCCUUGCUGUGGGCACAGCGGUGCCCGCUGAGGAGGCUUGGGCUCGACAGGCCAUUGACUUCAUCAUCGCAAGCUCUCGGACCUGAUGAGUC